UCUUCAUGCAAACACGGAGAAAGUCCUUAUGAAACACCGUGGUGGCAUCCCCCGAUGGUUUGCCAUUGUAUUCCCGGGCAUGCUUGAGCUGGCGAUGGCUAAAGGCUUGAAGGUCUUUCCUCAAGGCUACACAAGAGCCGUGGAAGAUGUCUUCAAUGAAAGGGACAAAAUUUUCAAAACGCAAGAAGCAUCCUGCGGUGGUCACCAUCUUCCACUUCUACUGUACCUCGAGGCCUUGCCAGGAAUCUACCGAGGGAAGCAUGAAGAUAUUCUUAAGCAUAAGAGAGAAGAUGGGUCCUUGUUCCAUUCUCCGUCUGCAACUGCUUGUUCCUUCAUGAUCACUGGAGAUAGAGAUUGCAAGGACUAUUUGGAAGCCAUGGUCCAAAGAUGCGGUCAUGGAGUGAGUUCUAAAAUAGCGAUAGAUCCGAAAGAUGGUAUUUACUUUGUCUCUACAUCACUACAACAAUAA